CUUUGACCUACAGCAUGUUCAUGCUCGCUAUAUUAGCUCAGUGCGAAUUCCAAGUCAAUCUAGUAUCUGGUUUAUUUUAAACUGACACGUUUUGCAGUAGGAAUUUCUCCCUUUGGAAGCAUUUACAGGAUUUCACGAUGAAAAAAAUUAUGAGCCGAAACACCAAAAAUGUCUUGGUGGUUUCUUUUGGAUUUUUGUUAUUAUUCACAGCAUAUGGAGGGCUGCAAAGUUUACAGAGCAGUCUCAAUGCUGAGGAAGGAAUGGGUGUGAUUUCGCUCAGUGUCAUCUAUGCAGCCAUCAUUCUGUCCUCGAUGUUUCUGCCACCAAUUAUGAUUAAAAAUCUGGGCUGUAAAUGGACCAUUGUCGUUUCUAUGGGUUGUUACGUGGCGUAUUCCUUUGGAAACCUAGCGCCAGGCUGGGCAAGUCUGAUGUCCACCUCUGCCAUCCUGGGAAUGGGAGGUUCACCGCUGUGGUCUGCAAAAUGCACUUAUCUUACAAUAAGUGGAAACAGGCAAGGCCAGAAACACAACAAAAAAGGCCAGGAUCUCAUCAACCAAUAUUUUGGAAUCUUUUUCUUCAUCUUUCAGUCUUCUGGAGUAUGGGGAAACCUCAUGUCAUCUCUGAUAUUUGGCCAGGACCAAAAUAUAGUUGAAGUCCCCAAGGAGAACCUGGAGUUCUGCGGUGUGUCAACAUGCCUGGACAAUUUCACUGUCAUUGGAAACUCAACCCGUCCAUCAAAACACCUUGUCGAUACACUACUAGGCUGUUACAUCGGUGUGGGGCUUCUGGCCAUUAUUUUCGUGGCGGUGUUCCUGGACAAUAUAGAUCGAGAUGAGGCUAAAGAGUUUCGCAGCACUAAGGGCAACAAAUCCUUUUGGGACACCUUUCUGGCCACCUUCAAGCUCCUGAGAGACCCCAGAUUGUUGCUGCUCAUCCCGUUGACCAUGUACAGUGGAUUUGAGCAAAGUUUUCUUUCUGGUGAAUACACAAAGAACUACGUGACUUGUGCGUUAGGAAUACAUAACGUUGGUUUCGUGAUGAUCUGCUUUGCAGCUUCAAACUCUCUGUGUUCAUUUGCGUUUGGGAGACUGGCUCAGUACACUGGAAGAAUUGCCCUCUUCUGCUUGGCUGCAGCAAUAAACCUGGGCUCUUUUCUGGGUCUUUUGUACUGGAAGCCUCAUCCAGACCAGCUGGCCAUCUUCUUCGUGUUUCCGGCCCUCUGGGGAAUGGCAGACGCUGUGUGGCAAACACAAACCAAUGCACUUUAUGGCAUCCUCUUUGCUAAGAAUAAAGAAGCAGCUUUCGCCAACUAUCGCAUGUGGGAGUCACUGGGUUUCGUCAUAGCAUUUGCUUACAGCACAUUCAUCUGCCUGUCCACCAAGAUCUACAUAGCUUUGGCAGUUCUGGCUCUUACUAUGGUAACUUACCUUUACGUGGAGUACAACGAGUACAAGCAUCCGACUCCACAAGUUACUGAGGACUUCCUCAAACCAAUCAAGCCCAAGCUGAAAGACGACAAAGAAGACAAUAUUAUUUCCCAGACGCAACUGUAAAUAUAUUUCUAGAUGAUAUUUCUGCCUCAGUAUAUACAGCUGAAGUCAAAAUGAUUAGCCCUCCUUGGAUUUUUUUUCUUUUUCAAAUAUUUUCCAAAUGAUGUUUAACUGCGAGGAAUUUUUCACAAUAUGUUUGAUAACGAUUUUUCUCUUAAAUUUUUUAUUUCGGCUAGAAUCAAAGCAGUUUUUAUUUUUUUUAAAGAACAUUUUAAGGUCAACAUUAUUAGCCCCCUUAAGCAAUAUAUUCUUUUCGAUUGUCU